AUGGCGACAAGGCCCCAUGUGGAAGCGAGGUCGUUGUCGACCAUCAACUACCUGGCCGCAAACCCCCCGCAAUACCCCCACUUUCCUGAACUGCGCGAGUCUCUCACGCUGUACAUAUCGCGCGUGCCGGGCACUCGAGAUAUCAUUCUCUCCACGUUCAAGCCGCAUCGCAAAAACGUAACAGCCGAGGACGUCGCCAACUCCCUGUAUUACGUCCAUUUUGAUCUCCCUACCGAUGAGCUGCUCACAGCCGCCCGCCGGCUCGGGGAUGCGACCUCGCCUCGCUCUAGCAACGAGAGCGCGAGGAGCGCGAUCCCCAGGAAGCCAUUGCCAGCCUCUGCGAGAGUGCCGAGGGCCGAGGACAUGGACGCCGAUGGGUAUCGUGCGAACCCAAUGUUUCGGCCGCGAGCCGGCGCCGGGACGCUCGGGUCCCCGCCGUCCCCCUUGCCCCUGAACAAACCUCCGCCGUCACCAGUAAUGACCACCACACUGCGGAAGCCGCUGGGACCUCGUCCACAGAACUUGCCUAUAGCCUCGGAGACAGGCAUGCCGGAGCCUCCCCGCCCUUUGGCGCGAGAAACCCCUUCUACCCCCGCCCAGUCUAGCUCCCCGCCUAUGGCCCAGGUGGCUGAACCUGGACGGAUCGCAUCGCCAUCCUACCUGUCAACGCCGAACAUGUCGUCGUCCCCAGCGAAGCGAAGCCGAGCCGCAUCUCUCCUGCCCUUCUCCCUCACGCUUAUCCGCCGCGAUCCAACCUCGGGCGGCCAGUGGAACAUUGGCAAAGUCACUUCGUUCCAGACCAACAUCCCUACGCCCGACAUGGCCGACCCAAGCCUCAACCCGGAGGACAUGGGCGACCUCGCUCGCGCGCACAAGAUCGACAUCCACCUCGAAUCGUCAGGCUAUGCCAAGUAUCGUGGCAUGCCCAGCCUUGCGGCCGUGGAUGCCUUCCGCAAUGCCCCGGGGCAGUCCUUUGCCCAGAUGGCGAGCGGUCUCGGCUCCGCGAUGGGGGGAAACAUGGCCGCAGCCCCCAAGUCUACGUAUAACCAUAUCGAAGGCGGCUUCUCCCGACAGGUCGUCAUGUCGUACACGAAGAGCUGGACAUCAAACAUUAAGAGCGCGUUCCGCCGCCAUGACCGCCCCGGGAGCCGCGAGGGGAAAGGCGAUGUCUCACCCGAAGACCUGUUGCCGCCAAAGUCGCUCCACCAGCGCCAUGGGAGUGCCUCGACGGUGGGCUCGACGGACUCGGCGGCGUGGGGUGACGGGCGCGAGAUGCAGAAGGCUGAUGGGCAGGGGCGCGAGGAACAGCGAAACGGAAAGGAAGGGCCGCAGCUGAUCACACAGCCAGGGCCAGGCCUCAGGCCGAAAGGGUACGUGUUUCUCAGCCCAUGGGACGGGCAGUGCGAAUUCCGUACGAGCAGCAGUGGCCGGGGUCUGAAGUGCCGGCACGUCCUCGACCCGAAGAGCGCCAAGUUGGACCCCCGCGAGGUGGCCCAGCACAUGCGCGAAGCACAAGCCAUGGGGCGGUCCCGUGGAGACGAGUUGACCUCGGCCCUAGCGGGAGCGAAGCCCAUAAGCGAGUUGCGGUUCAAUCUGCCGGGUGGUGAUCUCUCGUCCGCUCGGGACGGCGAGGGCAAGAAGAGCCGCUGGGACCAUCAUCACCUGCAAGACCAGUUCAGCAAGCUGCUGCAUUUCGACCCACAGAGCAGCGGGGAUGACGACGACGACGAGGAUGCGCCGAUGGAUCUGAGCCUGGGUAGGGAACAGGCCGGAGGCGGCACUCGGGGCAACAGGGCUAAGCUGGGGAAGCUCAUAAUUCACGACGAGGGACUGAAGAUGCUGGAUCUGCUGCAGCUCGCCCGCGCACCCUCGGCCAUCCUCCGCACAGCGCCCGCCGCGGCGCAAUGGGCCAUGACGACACGCCGGAGCUACGCGACGCCGUCGGGCCCGCCGCCAAAAGGCUUCCGCAUGAAGCCGCCCACGCGGUGGGACGAGGAGAGCGAGAGCACGCUGGACAAGACGGGCCGGUACUUUCUGCUGACUGAGAUGGCCCGCGGCAUGUACCUGCUGAUGGAGCAGUUCUUCCGGCCGCCAUACACGAUCUACUACCCGUAUGAGAAGGGCCCGAUUUCCCCCCGGUUCCGCGGCGAGCACGCCCUCCGGCGCUACCCGUCGGGUGAGGAGCGAUGCAUCGCCUGCAAGCUGUGCGAGGCCAUCUGCCCGGCGCAGGCCAUCACGAUCGAGGCCGAGGAGCGUGCCGACGGGUCCCGGCGGACCACGCGCUACGACAUUGACAUGACCAAGUGCAUCUACUGCGGCUUCUGCCAGGAGUCAUGUCCCGUUGACGCCAUCGUCGAGUCGCCCAACGCCGAGUACGCGACCGAGACCCGCGAGGAGCUGCUCUACAACAAAGAGAAACUGCUGGCCAAUGGAGACAAGUGGGAGCCUGAGCUGGCUGCUGUUAUCAGGGCUGAUGCGCCCUACAGAUAG